UCACCCUGAGUGAGUGGCACGAGCUUAUUAGUAUGCAGGGAGAGUUGCUUGUAGGACUGAGAUGCGAGGCUGGAGAAGCUGAAGCUCGCGACAGGGUCUUUUUUCCUUUCUGCAAGGAGCAGUGCAUUUACAGUGCAACAGUCAGCACAGUGCAAAUACCAAUAGGAAUACAACAAAAUCCCACUCACUGAUUUAAUUGUAUUGCGUUCCCUCUGUGCAAAGGAACACCCCUCCCUCCAGCCCGAGAGCAGUGCGCCGAAGCGUUUGAACUCUGCCGGAUCUUCAGUUUCUUUCUUCGUCCAUCUCUUUGGAGAGUAGAACGUAUUUCUAGUCCGCGCAAAACCUCGGCGACUCAGUUCAAUUGACCAGAGAACAUACCGCUGGAUUAUUCUAUUCUCUCAAACACCCCCCCCCCCGUUUCCUUCCUUGCCCCAAUUAAAACAAAACAAGGGAGGGGGCGUAGCUCGCUGGAGCCGAAUCGUGCAAAUUUACACCGUCCUUUUGUUCCUUUGGAAGUCCGAGCUCGGCUAUUGAUUUUAAAGUAACGUACCUCGCUCUUUUCGGCGACGCGUCCUCCUGCUUGUAAAGAAUCGUCUUUGGUUUCGGCCGCGCCGAAGGGAAGCCAAGGAAGAUCGAAGGCAGAUCUCCUUCCUGGUUUUGAUGACUGGAUCCGGAGGCCUUCCCGCUGCACACCAGCCCGUUUACCGGUUUGGAGAAAGGUUGAUUUGACUUUUCCUGUUUCGGCUCUAGCAAUAGCCAAAAUGGACCCGACCUUAGAACAAAUCCUUUGCACGGUACGUGGUAGCAAGUGCUGUUCCUGGAACGCUGAUGCUAAAACUUUCCCUGGACCUAUAAUCAGGAUUUCCAAUCUGCUGCUAUGUUUCUGUCUGAUACAGUUCCCCCCCCUUAAAUAUGCAAAUAUAAAAAAAUAUAAGGGGGAGGGGAGGUAAAGUAACCAUGUUCCCUUCAUAUUGAUGUAUCGAAUUCAAAACUUGCUGAAGUUGCUAAUUUCGCUUUUGUCUUCCAGGCUUCAACUCUUCCACGACCCCCUCCCUCCAGUCCAUUAUUUUUUUACUGCUGCUUCUCUGGGAAGAUUUUUAAUGUUAAGCAGGGUGGGUGGAAGGUGAUAAGAAUAUACUUUUUUCUUAUAAUUACCCUAACUGCAAAAUAUAAAAUAUUGGUAAUAUGCAGAUGAUUAAAAUUUCCAGUAAUAAACUGUUCUGUUUUUGUGCGUAGUGGUUCCAUUUACUUACAAUAGAAAACUCUAUAUAUUUUUUUCUAUUUUAUGUAGGUGUGUGCACAUACACACAUGUGUAUGUGUGCAUGUGUAAUCUUAUCCGCUGUGCAAAUACGUAGUCAUUUAAUACCUUGUUUUCAGUUAUAGAUUAAAUCAAACACCAAGUAGUCAAGCAAUGUUAAGAAUUAAAAGCUUUAUAUCUAACCAUUUAAAAUAGUGUUCAGUAAAUAAAAAAUAUUGUUUCAUUGUUCCAAUCAUGACACAUUAAGGUAAGCAAAUGUGUUUUCCCUUUCUCCCAGAUUGUUAAUCAGUAAGCAUGUUCAGUAUGGAGUUGAAUUCAGCAUGGGUUCAAUGGGUUGUGGAUCCUUCAGACAUUGUUCUCUAUAACAACAGAUACAUAGGAUGAACCUCACUGUAAAGGAAGAAAUAAUUUGGGUACCCCUCUUUCCCCCUGUGGAAGUAUUAGAUCUCCAUUGAUAGCUCAAUAAGGUUUUUUAUAUGGGAGAUGCACAUAUUUUAUUUCCAGAAGCUAGUGCGAUAUCUUUCAGUGCAGCACAAGUCUGAAGGGGGGGAAAAGGGGGGGUAGUGAGAUCUUUUUAUUCCCCCUCCUUCCUCUUGGCCUAAUGUUACACACAUUGGGUCUAAGCCAGAAACCCCUUAUGUGUAAAUGGAAUGAAUGUACAGGAAGAACCUUACAUAACUGUUUUGUCUAAGAAUACAGUUGUAGAAUUUAAACUCCUGCCCUUGAAAGAGGAAUGCAGGACUUUGCCACUCAAGUGUCCGCAGUGAAAUAUUUAUUUCUGAGCUUGAGUAAUUGAAGCCCAGUGAGCUCUUUUUCCCUCAUCUGGGAUCUACGCAAGGCAAGGAACACGUUCUUUUGGAUUGCAUCAAGGCAACUGGUUUGUAAACUGGGAAGCCAGCAAACCAAGGAUAAUCCCCAUUCCUUCCACCUGUACAUAUGUAAUCACACUUAACAUAGGGGCAACUGAAAGACACUCCCCUAAUCCUAACAUAACAUUUUUAAAACUAUCAAUUUGAAGAUUUAGUUUGUCUAGCAAGGAAAUGAUUAAAGUAAUCAUAGGAGAACAUUGAGCAGUUCAAAAUAAUAAAUACCAUAGUUGAACAGAACUACAACAAAUAAGAAAACUUAGAGCUUUUUUCUCCUCCAGCCACCUCCCCCCACCCCACCCCCAUUAUACUGGAGGCACCGCUCCUGUUUUCAUCUUACUGGCCUCGCUUUAUCUGAAAAUCUUCCCACUUCCCUGCCGUUGUAAUAAAAAGUACAAGGCCUGGAAGCGCAGCAUGUUGCAUUUUCUAUUUUCCACGUAGAUUUUUGAAAAGAGUACGAGGUAUUUGUUUUAAAUCUGGUUGUCGCCAUGUAACCCAUAAGAACCAGUUGCUUCGUUCGACAAAGGGAGGCAGGCGGCAAACAAGGCGGCGCGCCCGUCCGGAAGGGGGUUUCGUUUCCACGGCCUCAGUUUUAGGGGGGGGGGGAACGCAUCAGCGGGGCUUCUAGGACGGGGUCGCUGCUUCGCGCCCUCAGGUACUGUUGCCCGCGGUUAAUCCAAUCUGUCCAGCGCCGAUGCCUUCCUCACCCGCUUGAUCUUCUCUUCUCCCUUUGCCUUGCAGAGAAUGAGGCCAGAUCGCCGGUGCCACGAGAAGCGGAGGCCUCUUGGAGGAAUACGAUUAGCCUCGUGUUGAGGGGAGCCCUUCCUUCCCCGCGUCUGCGGCCUGCAGAUUUCCCUUUCCCGGGGAGGGGGCGAAUCUUCGCCCGCUGCAAGGCCCAGUCUCGCAGCCCCUUUCCUGCCGGGGCUCCGGUUGUGGGAGUGCAGCCCCGGUAUGGAUGGCCGGGAGUUCGCGCCUCCGCCUCCCCUCCUGGCCGAGAGGGGCCAUCGCAACAGCUCCAGCCGCCUCGCUUCCGCCGGGCACAACUCGGUGCAGCACGGAGGACACUUCCAGCCCGGGAAAUACUUCCCCUCGCCCAUCUCCAUGGCUACGCACACAGGAAGUGGGUUGAUGGGAAACUCACCUGCCUCAUCCUUUAUGGGCAGCUUUCUGAGCAGCAGUUUGGGCUCAGCAGCACCUCCGCAUCCUUCAGGACCGGCAUCCUCCCCAUCUGAACCUCCCUUCCAUGGCCCCCACUCUGGCACCUCUCAGAUUUGGUUCUCACAUUCACAUGAAGCUCCAGGUUACCCGAGGUUCUCUGGGAGCUUAGCAUCCACUUUUCUUCCCAUGAGCCAUUUGGAUCACCAUGGAAACAACAAUGUCCUGUAUGGCCAGCAUCGUUUCUAUGAAAGCCAGAAAGACAAUUUCUACCUGCGGAACCUUCCGGCUCAACCUACACUGCUUUCAACCAAUCACAAUUUCCCCAGCAUUGCCCGGGCAGCACCAGGGCAUCCGAUUGGCUCCUGCAGCCGAGACCGGGAGGUUGGGCAUGGACAGAAGUGGCACAAAGACUAUGAGCGCUGUGUGGUGUCGAAGGAGAAAGGCACCAAGAGUGAGAGCAAGGAGCGAGCGGCUGAAGAGGAGGCCAAGGAGCGGCACAAGCUGGUGAUGCCUAUGACACCAGAAACAAACUGCAAGGAAGGGGCUCUCCAGCGGGGCUCUUGUGACAACCGGCCCAAACACCUGCCCUCGUGCCUGCUGAGCUCCAAGGUACUGAAUGGUGAUUCAGGCAAAGCUGUCCUCCCCAGUUGUGGCGGAGGCCUUCUGUCACGCCAUGCUGUUGCCCAGAGCCGUUGUGCCAAGGACCUGGGCCACCAUGAGCCUCCUCAGUCCUACAGUGAGUGCCUGGAGCGAAGACAAAUGUUGCACCAUUCGGUCUCCUACACUGUCCCGUCCAGUCUGCCUGCUGGGCCCCCUGCCCUGAGCACGACAACAGGCAGCUUCCCCUGCCUGCAGCUUCAUUCCAGCCCAGAUGGGAUGUGUCCUCUGCAGGACAAGGCGAGCCGGGAGCUACGGAUCAGCGGGGCCACUUUUGUGCCUUCGGUAGGACACUUGACUGACAAGAGCCGCUCCUUUCAGGUCCCUUCAGAGCCCUGUGAGGGCAAAGAGCGCCCCCAUGAGGUGGGCCCAGAGCACCCCCCUACCUAUGGGCACCAUCCUUUCUCUCACCUCAAAGCUGAGGGCAAAGUGGAGCGGAGGCUGGACUGGCCCCAGAAUCCCAAUGCCCGCCUGAAAGGGCUGGAGUACCUGAAUAGCACUGGUUCUGACGGCCAUUUUGGCAGCUUGCCUCACCAACCUAAGGGUGGCCAUUUUGAGAUGAUACCACCUCAAGAUUGUGCCCGACCUAACUCCCAAGAGACGCUGUGCAAACUCAGCCAGUCCUGCUGCACUUUAGACAAGGCCCCUAAGGAGCCGCCAGUUUCCAGCACCCAGAAAGUAGCUCGCAUCCGCCACCAGCAGCACUUGCAAACAGAGAUGGAGCAGGCAGGCACUCAUGCAGAAUCCAAGCGCAAAUCCAUGGAGCUCAGCUCUCUGGGCUACAGUGGGCCCCACUUGCCACCGUGGCCAGUUCAGGGCCAGGGCCCUCCUUUGUCCAUGGCAGAGGAGAGAAAAGGCUCUUACUUGGACCCUUUUAGCAGCAGCCUCCAACAGGCUGCACUCAUGACCCAGGGUUCUGUGCUCACGCAGGAAAUGCAGACCCCCCCUGACGAAGUGUCAGCCAUGAAAAACUUGCUCAAAUACAGCAACCAAGCACUUAUUGUGGGCCAGAAGGCUCCUUAUGUGGGGCUGGGCAGCCUCAAGGCCAGCUGUGCCCAUCAGGAUGGGGGCAAACAUCUGGGGACCAAAGGACAGCAGGACCUGGAACGUUCAGACUGUGCCCGCAGCAGAGACCAUGACCUCAGCCACGGAGAUGGUGAGGUGCGUCAGCCUCCAGUGGGCAUUGCUGUGGCUGUGGCUCGUCAAAAGGAUACAUUAAGUCGGCCAGAGCCAGCCUAUGGAUCUAGCUCCAGUCGGCAGAGCCGGACUGCCAUGGGCCUCAAAGCUGGUGCCGCGAGGCCUAUGCAUGUCAUCGAUCUAGAUGCUGAGGAAGAACGGAACCGGCUGUGUGAGGAGCGUUUGGGGCUUGUGGGGAGAGAUCUCCUGCUUCAGGAUAACAAAGAUCUUGUGGAAUUUGCCCGAAUCCACCCAUCAAGUAGUUGUCCUGGAGACCUCACCCCUCAUCUGAUGAUUGCAGGCAGUUCCUCAUUGCAGACCAGCCAACUGGGAGGAGAUCCAGCAGCCCAUACCCAUCCUGCUCAUGCACAUUGGUUGCCACGGACACGCAGCCCUUCACUUUGGAUGGGUGGACACUCCUAUGGAAUUGGGCACCCUGCUUUGCAUCAAAACCUACCACCUGGUUUCCCACCUUCUAUGCCCAGUGCCAUGCAACCCGUCUUCCCUCUGUCACAGGAGCCACCUGCUCAGCUAGUUAUUCUGCCCUCAGAGCCGCCAGCCCAUGGAGCCCCCCACACCCUGGCUGAGGUGAUGGAUCAGGCAACUAUCUGGCCAUCCAUGUAUCCUAGCCGGGGGCCUGGUUCUCACUUGCAGCACACAGGACAACUUCCUGUCUACUCCCGCUCUCAGUUCCUGCGUCAGCAAGAACUCUAUGCCUUGCAGCAGCAGCAGCAACAACAGCAACAGCGUGCAGCGCAGGCCUUGGAAGUGCAGCGGCACACUCACAGCCAGCGGAAGCCUGAAGAGCCUCCACCAGAGCUAGAGUUGCCGGGUCCUGAAAAGCCACUCAAACCAUCUCACAAAGCAGUUGCCUUAAACGCUCCCCCGAAGGGCCUGUCCCCAGCAGCUGCCUGCUCAGUCAAGCGCUCCUCAUGCUGCCAUCCACCCAAAUGCCCGGGUCCCUGCACUUUACCUGUCUGCCCUGCUGUGGUGCCACGCUCCCCUGCUGAAAGUCCAGGGCCCUCCCAGAAUUCUACAGGUCCUGAAACUGAGGAUAAGCAGCCUGAAGGGCGGCCAGCCCAGGACUAUCCUAAAUCACUGGAACCAGAUCUUCCUCCUGGUUAUACCUACCCUGUGGCUGGUCUGGGCUAUGCAUCACCAUUUCCCCGGGACCCAGCUGAUCCUGACACUAUGCAAACUGUUUCUACAGCAGCUGAGCCUGAACAGUCACGCACCUUUCCACCAGAGCAGGAGCCACGCUGCGAGGCAGAAGCUAGCCCACCCAGUGGGACUGGGGACUCUGAAGUGGAACCCACCCAUGCUCACCCUCCACAUCUACUUGUCCAUCCCCAGAGACCAAGCUCCACUGAAACGAUUAAGGAUACCCCAAAUUGCUCCCUGCUGGUCAGGGAUAGCUCAGAUGACUUGGAUUCUACCCAAAAAGAACAUCAGGACGAGCCUAGUUCAGAUGCUGCCAUGCCAGGACCUUCCCCUGAAGUGAUGACGACGGAAGAGAGUCCUGUUGCAGCAUUGGAAGUUGACUGUCAGGAAGUGGAGAGUAAUGCUAUCUUACCUGAUGAUCCAUCCACACAUACUGAUGUACAGGCAGCACCGUGUGGCCUGGAUGCCCUUAUUGCUGCCGGCAUCAACUUGGGUGAACUCCCAGACCUGGAAUCCCCAUCUUCUGCAGCUUCCCUUCCCUUGCCCUCUCCGUGCAGCUCAGGGAUUCCUGGCAUUGCCCUGCUCAGUGAGCUGGCUGAACUGGAACUCUGUCAGCGGCACUGUGAUUCAGUGCUGGAUGAAGACUUGGCAGCCUUCAAUUUGCAAAGUCUAGCUACUCUUGCUGCUGCCUGGGCUCUUGUUGAAGCUGCUGGCUUCGAGAGCAGCCCACCUGACCUUCUCAGUCUGGCAGAUGCCGCACCAUGUGUGAAUCUGCGCCCUCGCAUGCGGGUCUCCCGACGGAAAUACAUCUGGACCCCUAAAACCAAGCCUGUUUGCCCUCUGAAAGCAGCAAUUGAGAAUUUGGACACACAGGAAGUGGAGAUGCGCAUGCGCCUAGCGGAACUGCAGCGAUGCUACAAAGAGAAGCAGCGGGAAUUGGCCAAACUGCAGAGGCGGCAUGACCAUGAGCGAGAGGAGAGUUCCCGGAGUCCAGCUCGACGGGGACCGGGGCGGCCUAGGAAACGCAAGCACUCCAGCACACUCGGUUCAUUGCGACAGGUUUCCAUGGGCAAGAGUGACAGCAGGAAGAUCAAGUCUGUAAAAACUAGCCUAUCCGUACUGUGUACAGAGCUGAGGGCUGAGGGGGAGCCCAAGAAGAAAAAACGGAAAAUAUCAGAAACAACUUACAGCGGCAUCAAAAGUUCCCAGGAGAAAGUGCGUUGCAAGAAGAGCAGUUCACAGAGCAAGUUGGCUUCCACGGUAGUACACAAGGCCUCUCAUCUCAAGCAGAAAGUCAAAAGCAAAGUCUUGCCCACGAGCAUUGGUCCCUUCCGACGGAAAGAGCCGAUCCCUUGCACCCGUAUCCAGAAGAAACUUUCUCGAGCCAAGAGCUCCAAAGCAGCACCUCCCAAAUACCCACAGCAGGAUCUCACUCCCUCAGAGGCCAAGCCUAGCACAGGAAAUGCUGAAGCAGAUGACAAUCACCACAGAGACUAUCAAAGUGACGGUGGUGGUGAUGGUGGUGGGGAUGAUAACUUGAGUGACAACAGCUCCCCCAUCCAUGUAACAGUGAACCCUCCUGUAAUUGGCCCUUCUCCUUCCUCUGUGGUGAAAAUGGAGGCAAAUCAGAAAGCCAAGAAGAAAAAGGAGAGGCAAGGAUUGCUAGGGCCCUGUCGAAUCCCCAGUCCUGAAGGCCAAGUGAAAAUAAAGAGGCGGGCAGUGAAGCCAGGCUUAGGGAGGUUGGAAAAAGUGCCGGUAUGCCGAGCGGGAUCUUGUGAGAAUUCGAGCAAGAAAAAACUAAAGAGCAAAGCCAAGGAAUUUCACUGUGGACCCGGAACAUCAAGCACCGGUGAGGGGCUCUUCUCCAGCAGCCAGGCCCGCUCAUUUGCAAAUCGUGACGAUGCAGGAAAACUCAGCAGCGAACGCCUCAAGAAAGCCACACGCAAGAGCAAAGUCCUGCAAUCGGCCCUCAGAAGAAAAAAUGGAGCACUGACCCUCUCUCCUCGCAAUGCCAAGGCCAUCCUCAGCAAGGGCAAGAAGCUGUCUAAGGUUAAGAACAAGGUGGUCAGCAAGCAGUGCAAAGGCCGGGCAGUCAGUCGGCUGAUGGAAAGUUUUGCCAUUGAGGAUCAUUUUGAGUUUGAUGACAAUAGCAGCUUCUCUGAAGAGGAGGAGAUGCCACCCACUGGUACGGAGGAAGAUAUGACCUCUGCCCAGUCCUGUACCAUCCUCAAAGAAGAUCUUCAGGAUGGACUGCGUGUGCUUAUCCCCAAAGAGGACAGUCUGCUCUACGCUGGCAGUGUAAAGAGUCUGCAGCCACCUGACAUCUACAGCAUUGUCAUUGAGGGAGAGCGAGGGAAUAGGCAGAGAAUCUAUUCCCAAGAGCAGCUGUUGCAGGAGGCGGUUCUAGAUGUACAGCCACAGUCAAGUCGCAGUCUUCCACCUGGCACACGGGUCUGUGCUUAUUGGAGCCAGAAGUCUCGCUGCCUCUACCCAGGCAAUGUCAUCCGAGGGUCUUCAAGUGACGAAGAGGAAGACGCGGAGUCAGUGUUGGUAGAAUUUGAUGAUGGAGACACUGGCCACAUUUCGUUGUCUAAUAUCCGCAUGUUGCCACCCGACUUCAAAAUCCAGUGCACAGAGCCUUCUCCUGCGUUAUUAGUCUCCACCUCCUGCCGUCGUAACAGAAGGUCUUCCAGUGAUGUUCCCCAUUCCAGUGAAUCAGCACCAAGCCUUUGUGCUGAGGGAUGUGAAGUCUCUGAGUCAAGCACAAGUAAAAAGAUGAUCAGCAAAGAAAAGACUGGUAAAUCUGAUAUGCUGCAUUCAAGUUCAAAAGCCCAGCCUGGAGACCAGUUCUUGAGUCGUCGUAGCAACUCUCUGCUAAGUUGGACGGCUGUGACCCAGAACAAGCGCAAGACAUCCAGCAAAGGCACAGCCAUGCGGCAAAACCUCUUCCAGCUCAACGGGAGCAGUAAAAAGCUGCGGGCCAAAGAGGUGCUCUUCCCUGUGCACAGUGUUGCUGCCCCCAUAUUUGGUAAUGGCUUUGGCUCCGACUCUUUCAGCCGCAUUGCCAACUCCUACUCUGCUUUUGGAAGCUCUGGCCUGAUUCUGCCCUGUGCUCAGAAGCUUUUGCGUGCCAAGAAGGUUGAACGGUUGGACACUGAGCUGGGCAAGGCCGGGCGUAGGAAAGUUGGUGGUGAGUAUCUUGUCAAGCUGGAUCAUGAGGGAGUGACGUCACCCAAAAACAAAAACUGCAAAGCCUUACUGAUGAGCGACAAGGACUUUGGGUCCCUGUCUGGCCAUGGCUAUGUUCACCCAGCCUUGGGGAUCAAAGAGAAGAAGAGCACACUGCCUAUGGGGCUGGCGUUGCGCAAAUACACUGGUCAAACUGAGUAUGGGCUGCACUGCGACAGUGAUUGUCACAGCUCUUACUCAGACAUGGACGAAGAUGAGGUGGAUGAUCUGGCAGGCAGUGUCCCCUCCCGCUUUCUGACACGGCUUUCAGUCUCGUCUUCAUCUUCUGGAUCAUCCACCUCCUCCAGUUCUGGCUCUGGCUCCACUUCUAGCCUCUGCUCAUCCGACAAUGAGGACUCUUCAUACAGCUCUGAUGACGAGGACUCCACGCUCCUUGUGCAGACCUGUCUCACACACCCAGUUCCAGCCUUGCUGGCUCAGUCUGAAGCCCUACGCUCAAAGAGCAGCACCUUGCAGAGGUGUUUUGGCGCUGGGGCCAAGAGCAAGCUCAGGCGCAAAGAAACUCUGAGCUUCUCAAAAGCCAAAGAGUUCUCCCGCCGGCAACGGCUGCCCUCGGUGGAAAACCGGCCAAAGAUCUCUGCUUUUCUGCCAGCCCGCCAGCUCUGGAAAUGGUCUGGGAACCCCACUCAGCGCCGUGGCAUGAAGGGGAAAGCACGGAAGUUGUUCUACAAAGCAAUUGUACGGGGCAAGGAGAUGCUGCGCAUUGGCGACUGUGCGGUUUUCCUGUCAGCUGGCCGACCCCAUCUGCCCUACAUUGGCCGCAUUGAAAGCAUGUGGGAAUCCUGGGGCAGCAACAUGGUUGUCAAAGUAAAAUGGUUCUACCAUCCUGAGGAGACGAAGCUGGGCAAGCGACAUAGUGAUGGCAAGAAUGCGCUGUACCAGUCGUGCCAUGAGGACGAGAAUGAUGUCCAGACCAUCUCUCACAAGUGCCAGGUAGUUGAACGUGAACACUACGAGCAGCUGACCCGGAGCAAGAAAUACCAGGAUCGGCAAGAUCUCUACUACCUGGCAGGAAGUUACGACCCCACUACAGGCCGGCUUGUGACUGCAGACGGCGUGCCUGUCCUGUGCUGAAACUGUGGGACACGACCACUGCUCUAGGGCCAGAAAAUGGCUAGAGGGGAGGGCAGAAGGGCCAAGGGACAGUGGAAGGGGCCAGUCUCCUUAUAUGACUUCCUGGCAGUUGCAUGCAAGGCCCGAAAAUAUGCAAGGUGCCCGGCUUUGCCAUGCCGGGGUUGCAGGCUGAUCCCGGCUCCCCACAUGGUUCUGUACAGAGUUGAAUCCAAGCCAUACUUUCCCUAGUACCUCUGACUGUUUGCCGCAGGCCAAACACAAAUCAGGUUACCGCUCUAUUUAUUUUAUGUGUAAAUAAUGUAUUUCUGGUGGGAAGUUUUAUGGAAACUUCCAUAAAGGCAGGUUUGGG